AUGUCUCCCCCCAGUCCUGAGGAUAUCCCCCAGGAACCAGAGCCCUUGAGUGACAAGAAGAAAAGAAAGUGGCUACAGCAAGAGGCCAUUAUCCAGGCCCUCACCAGGGCUGGCCACCGGGCUCUGCAAGCCGGUCAGAACCACGAGGCCUUGACCAACUUCCAGAAGGCUUUCCUCCUGGCCUGUGAGGCCCCACGAACCAGAAAUAACCCUGUGCUUCGGGCCUGCGCCUUCAACCUGGGGGCUGCCUAUGUGGAGACUGGGGACCCGGCCAGAGGCCUUGAGCUGCUCCUUGGAGCCCAACCUGAAGAGAAGGCACAGGGCACGUGUCAUGGUGACCAGUGUUUCAACGUGGCUUUGGCUUACCAUGCCCUGGGUGACCUGCCCCAAGCCUUAAACUGGUACCACAAGGCCCUGAGUCAUUACCAGCCACAGGGUGACCAGGGGGAAGCCCAAGCGAAGAUGGGAGCCUGCUACCAAGCCCUGGGACAGCCCGAGAGAGCAGCCCAGUGCCUGAAGGAAGCAAGCCAAGCCUACGCCGAAGCAGGCCGGCCUCGGGCUGCAGCCCGGGCACUGGGGGCUGCAGCGGAGUGUAUGCUCAAGAGUGGGCGGCACGGGGUGGGCGAGGUGGCGCAGGUGCUGGAGGGGAGCCGGAGGCUGGCCAAGAGGAGCACCAAGCAGGGGCUGCUGGGACAGCUCUAUAACGAUCUAGGCCUGGGCUACUCCCAGCUCCAGCUGUUCCCUCUGGCCGUGGAGACCUUCCUACAGGCCCUGUCCCUGUGCCAGAGGCCAGGAGAGCAGGCCACUGUGCUAAGAAACCUGGGGAUGGCCCACAAUGCCCUUGGCAACUAUCAGGAAGCCCGGCAGUUUCACCAGAAGGCUGCUGAACUCCAUGGCUCUUUGGGGCAGCGAUGGGAGCAGGGACGAAGCCUUGGCAGCCUGGCAUUCGCGCUGAGCCAGCUGGGGGACCACAGGGCCGCCAGAGACAACUAUCUGCAUGCCCUGCUGGCUGCCCAGGAUGCUGGGGACACAAAGGGGCUGUGGCAGGCCUACGAGGGUCUUGGGGCUGCUGCAGCCAGACUGGGACAAUAUGACCAGGCUUUGAAGUACUAUAAGGAAGCGCUGAUACAGUGUCAGAAGGAGCCAGAUUCUGUGCGGGAACGGCUGGUGGCCAAGCUGGCAGAUGCCAUGAAGACCCACUUGGCCCAGGUGGGGCUGGUCCAGGUUCACCCAUCGACCCCAGCACCAGGAAGACCCCAGGCUCCAGGCAGCAUCAGCCAAGUGGCAGGGACCUCAACCAGGGUACAGAGCAGUACAGCAGAUGCCCAGCACAGACUGUCUGGUAGAUGGGAAGAUAAAGAAUUUGAGGAGGGCCAGGAGGAGAAAGGAGAGGAGGGAUUGGUGAAUGUUCCCACAUCUGUGCCUCAGAAACUAGAGGGUCCAGGACCCAGGACCCAUCUUCCAUUUGGAGGUUUGGGUGCCCCUAGAGAGCACUCUGGUAUCCUGAUACCCAAUGGCUCCCAAGCCAAUAGGUCAGCCAGGCGGCCCAGGGAAGCCCUCCCCAAGAACCCUCAGAGGAGAGUCACCCAGUCUGGCUUCUGCAUAAUCAUGUGA